CGUGUCGGUGCCUGCGCGGCCGCCUCUCCCCGCCCGGCGGCACCCGCGGGGGCUGAGGCGGCGGCGGCCUCUCUCGGCUGGUCCGGGCUGGGGGCGGCCGGGCCGGGGGCAAGAUGCUGGGAGCCCUGUGGAGCUUCCUCAAGCGCCACAAGAAGAAAUGUCUCUUCCUGGGCACCUUCCUGGGCGGAGUCUACCUACUGGGAAAAUACGGGCAGAAGAAAAUUAAAGAAAUCCAAGAAAGAGAAGCAGCUGAAUAUAUUGCCCAAGCACGAAGGCAGUAUCAUUUUGAAAGUAAUCAGAGGACCUGCAAUAUGACAGUGCUGUCAAUGCUUCCAACACUGAAGGAUGCCCUAAUGCAUCAGUUGAAUUCUGAGAGCCUCACAUCUUUACUGAAAAAUAGGCCACCAAACAAGUUAGAAAUAUGGGAGGAUUUAAAGAUAAUAAGUUUUACCAGAAGCAUUGUAGCUGUGUAUAGUACGUGUAUGCUUGUAGUUCUUCUGCGAGUCCAAUUAAAUAUUAUUGGUGGUUACAUCUACCUGGAUAAUGCGGCAAUCUGCAAAAACAGCACAACACCUCUAGCUCCCCCUGAAGUCCAACAGCAAUAUUUAUCAAGUAUUCAACACCUUCUAGGAGAUGGUCUGACUGAGUUAAUAACUGUAGUUAAACAAGCUGUGCAGAAAGUUUUUGGAAGUGUUUCUCUUAAACAUACUCUGUCUCUUUUGGAGUUGGAGCAGAAACUUAAAGAAAUCAGAAAGUUGAUAGAACAGCAUAAAGACUUGUCCCACUCAGAUAAGAUUGGAUCUAGAUCUCUGUUGUGUCAUUAUAUGAUGCCAGAUGAAGAAAACCCAUUAGCCACCCAGGCCUGUGGACUUACCGAAAGAGAUGUUGCUACUAUUAAAUUACUUAAUGAAACCAGAGAUAUGUUGGAAAGCCCAGAUUUUAGUACAGUUUUGAGCACGUGUUUAAACAGGGGAUUCAGUCGACUAUUGGACAACAUGGCAGAGUUCUUUAGACCCACUGAACAGGACUUAUGUCAGAGUGGCUCUGUAAAUAGUCUUUCCAGUGUCAGUCUUCCUUUGGCAAAGAUAAUACCCAUCAUAAAUGGACAGAUCCAUUUGGUGUGCAGUGAAACCCCUAGUCAUUUUAUUCAGGACCUGUUGAUGAUGGAACAAAUGAAAGACUUUGCUGCUAAUGUGUAUGAAGCUUUUAGUACUCCUCAACAAUUAGAGAAGUGAACUGUGCAUCAAAAGGAACAGAUCAUGUCUUUAUAUAGUACAUCCCUUGUGAAUACCUGGAGGGAACUUAAGGAUUUUGGUUAAUUUCAUGAUAGUGUAGGAUUGCUAGACCUUCAGAAAGAAUACACUUAUUGAAAUACUUGGGAAUGCACCUGCUAUUGUUUAUAUAAUAGAAUUCUGCUUACAACACCUGAUGAAAAACUUCAUGUUGGAAGAAUCACUGUUCACUAAGACUUUGUAUUAAGCAGGUUUCAGCUGUAUUUAAUUAACUCAUUUAGAACUACUUUUAUUGUACACAGAAGGCCAAUAUUAAGAUACCUACAGUUAUUAAAACUGACUUGCUUCAGAUGUGGUGAAUUUUGGAAGAAGCAAUCUCUCUGAUCAUAAAACUCUAGAAACUGCAACAGACAGUAAGAUGGGUGAAGUCAGGCUUUUCUCUCCUUCCCCCACAAAAACUUUAAAAAACCCUUCUUUCCUCAAUUCUAUAAAUGCCAUCCUAGAGGAUUUAAUAUUCCAGAGGCAAAAGCACAGCCUCUGCCAACUGAUGCAGGUGCCUGACCAAUGUUGUGGGUGCUUGCCUUCUUGCUGAAGACUUAGAAUACAUUGAUUUUUAGAGGGUCUAUUGUGUUUAUGCUAUCGAUGAGCAGCUAUCGAUGUACACAUUUGUAAAUACUUUAUCUUACUUUAUAUUAAUUUUGAUCCCAGUACACUGUCUGUAUUGCAAUAAAGAAUUUUAAUGUAAAAUUUGUGUGCAAUAACUUUACCAACAUAAAAGAAUGUCUAUACCUAAAUAGACCACCAUUUUAAAACUUUACAUAUAUUAAAAUUUCUCUACAUUUUA